AUGGAAGGUAACGCCUUUCAGGGAACCAUUCCCCAGUCUUUGAGCACCUUGAGAGGCAUUCAAGAGUUGGAUUUCUCACGAAAUAACUUGAGUGGGCGAAUUCCAGAAUAUUUAGAGAGUUUUACUUCAUUACAGAAACUAAAUCUUUCUUUUAAUGAUUUUGAGGGUCAAGUGCCUAUACAAGGGGUGUUUGAAAAUGCAAGUGGGAUUUCUGUCAUUGGAAACGGUAAACUCUGUAGAGAAUGCGAGGCAUUGAGAAAUGUCAGGCAUUGGAAUCUCAUCAAGAUCUUAGCAUCAUGCUCAAGCAUCGAUUUUAAGGGCAAUGAUUUCAAAGCACUAGUUUUCGAGUACAUGCUGAUUGGAAGUUUAGAGGAGUGGUUGCAUCCAAAGGUCGACGAGAAACAUCAACCAAGGACUUUGAACCUUAUUCAGAGGUUAAACAUAGCCAUUGAUGUGGCUUAUGCUCUGGAUUAUCUUCAUCACCAUUGCCAAACGCCCAUUUCUCACAGCGAUCUCAAGCCAAGUAACGUUCUUCUUGACAAUGACAUGGUGGCCCAUGUGAGUGAUUCUGGCAUCGCAAGGUUCCUUUCCGUGGCAGUCGAUGAUCAGUUCUCCACAAAUAAAACUAACUCCAUUGCGGUGAAGGGAUCCAUUGGGUAUGUUGCUCCAGAGUAUGGUAUGGGUGGCAAUGUUUCUACGUCGGGUGAUGUGUACAGCUAUGGAAUCCUUUUAUUGGGGCUGUUCGCGGGAAAAAGGCCCACAGAAGACAUGUUUAAGGACGGUUUAAGCCUUCAUUAA